CGAUUCUCCGCGCAUGCGCGCAUCGGAAGGCGGAGGGGGGUUUUGCUUCUGUGGUCUCUGUAGGUCACCUGAGUGCGAUGUCUGUGGAGAAAAUGGAGAUUCCAGACGUGCCAACGUCAAAAUGCAUCCAUUAUUGGAAAAGGAAGGUCAAAUCAGAAUAUAUGCGCCUAAGGCAGCUCAAGAGACUGCAAGCAAACAUGGGAGCCAAGGCGUUGUUUGUGUCAAACUACGCAAAGGUUCAGGAGAAUAUAAACAUUCUGAACGAAGACUGGAAGAAGCUUAGAGUUCAACCUAUUCAAUCAAUGAAGCUGGUUGGAGGGCAUCCUUUUCUCAAACAGUGCACAGUCGAGAGCAUUUUCCCCAGUUUGACCACCCAGACCUUGUUCAUGCGGACUCUGAACACUGUGGCUUUGGUGCCUAUCAUGUAUUCCUGGUCCCCACUUCAGCAGAAUUUCAUGGUGGAGGAUGAAACCGUUCUGUGCAACAUCCCCUACAUGGGGGACGAGGUGAAAGAGGAGGAUGAAACCUUCAUCGAGGAGCUCAUUAACAACUAUGACGGCAAAGUCCACGGAGAGGAAGAAAUGCUCUCGACGUCCGUCUUGAUCAGCGAUGCUGUGUUCCUGGAGCUGGUGGAUGCACUCAAUCAGUACUCUGAGGAGGAAGAGGAAAGCCAUGAGGCUGCGGAAGGCAAACAGGAAGCGGCGAAGGACGAGCUGCCUGUCACCCGGAAGAGGAAGUGGCUUUCCGUGGAAGGCAACAAGAAAUGUCCGAAGAAGCACUUUCCAAACGACAUGAUCUUCACUGCUCUUUCGUCAAUGUUCCCAGAGAACGGCUUUCCAGAUGAUAUGAAGGAGAGAUACAGAGAACUGACAAAAGAGUCUGACCCGAAUGUGCUCCCUCCCCAAUGCACACCAAACAUCGAUGGACCGUGUGCCAAAUCUGUUCAGCGUGAGCAGGCCCUGCACUCUUUCCACACUCUCUUCUGCAGGCGCUGCUUCAAGUACGACUGUUUCCUCCAUCCUUUUCACGCUACUCCCAACGUUUGCAAGCGGAAGAACAGAGAAACCAAAAUUGAAAUGGAGCCAUGCGGGCCAGAGUGCUUCCUGUGGUUGGAGGGAGCCAAGGAGUUUGCUGUGCUGCACAACUCGCGCUCCAAGUGCUCUGGACGACGUCGCCGCAGGCAUCUCACACACAGUAACACUUCCAGCGCUUCUGCCUCCACGAGCAACGAAGCAAAAGAAGGCGAUAGCGACAGAGACACUGGCAAUGACUGGGCCUCCAGUUCCUCUGAGGCAAACUCACGUUGCCAGACCCCAACCAAGCCGAAGCUGAGCCCUGCCUCUUCGCAGCCCUUCAUGGCUGACAUGCCGCUGGAGCCUGUUGAGUGGACUGGAGCCGAGGAGUCCCUCUUCCGCGUCUUCCACGGGACUUACUUCAACAACUUCUGCUCCAUCUCUCGGCUCCUGGGAACCAAGACCUGCAAGCAGGUCUUCCAGUUUGCAGUAAAGGAGUCCUUGAUCAUGAAGCUGCCCAUGAAUGAGCUCUUGAAUCCCUCCCAGAAGAAGAAGAGGAAGCACAGGCUCUGGGCUGCUCACUGUCGGAAGAUCCAACUUAAGAAAGACAGCUCCUCCACUCAGGUGUACAACUACCAACCCUGCGACCACCCGGACCACCCUUGCGACAGCUCUUGCCCGUGCAUCAUGACCCAGAAUUUCUGCGAGAAGUUUUGCCAGUGCAAUCCCGACUGCCAGAACCGUUUCCCAGGCUGCCGGUGCAAAACGCAGUGCAACACCAAGCAGUGCCCGUGCUACCUGGCGGUCCGAGAGUGUGACCCGGACCUCUGCCUGACCUGUGGCGCCGCAGAGCACUGGGAAUCCAAGGUGGUCUCCUGCAAGAACUGCAGCAUCCAGCGGGGUCUUAAGAAGCACCUGCUGCUCGCCCCAUCGGAUGUUGCCGGGUGGGGAACCUUCAUCAAGGAGGCGGUGCAGAAGAAUGAAUUUAUCUCUGAGUACUGCGGGGAGCUCAUCUCUCAAGAUGAGGCUGACCGACGUGGGAAGGUCUAUGACAAGUACAUGUCCAGCUUCCUCUUCAACCUCAAUAACGAUUUCGUUGUUGACGCCACCCGGAAAGGCAACAAAAUCCGGUUUGCAAACCACUCUGUCAACCCCAACUGUUACGCCAAAGUGGUGAUGGUGAACGGAGACCACCGCAUUGGGAUCUUUGCCCAGAGAGCAAUCCAGGCCGGCGAAGAGCUCUUUUUUGAUUACAGGUACAGCCAGGCAGACGCGCUCAAAUACGUUGGCAUAGAAAGAGAAGGGGAAAUAAUCUAGGCAUGCUCCCAGCAAGCAUCGCCGCACCCUAUCCAUGCUGCUUCCCUUGUUGCUGUGUGUGUCGUGUGAGCUUCAUUCCAUCCAGAUUCCUCUUCAGAGAAGGAAAGAAGGAGCAGGGGAGGCCCACAACCUUCCUACAGAACUGAGAUUCCAACUUCCAAGGCCUGAGCGGGGGAGCGCUUCUUAAUUACUGCCAGAGGAAAAUUCAGAGGUGCUGAAAAGGUGUUUGAGCUGUGCCCCUGUGCAGAAUGAGCCUGGGUUUGGGAUGCUGGGCUUUGUGGGCUCUGUUGGUCUUUUGUGGGGAAGCCUGGUUGGAGCUGAAGGAAGUAUUGCUUUCUUCUGGCUGGCCCCCCCCCCUCCCUUCUCUGCAGGCAAGAGCAACACAAGCUAGAACCCCACCUGCAGGGAAGGAUGGCCGUGAAGUGCCAAGCCCAGGAGGUCAUUGGAGCAAGGAACUCGUAUAGGCUAAGGAGCUGUAGAUAAAAGCAAGGAGCAUGGGCACAUAGAGAUAUGGGCAGAAAGGUGAGGAGGAGUGUUUGGGGCAGGUGAAGUGGGUCAGUAAGAUGGGGCAGAGGGUCAGGGCAUACCGGUGAAAGAGCAUGGGAGACAGGGCACAGACGCCAUCGGCUCUGGUUAGGGUCUCCCAUGGUGGCGAUUUGACCCCUUCUGUUAGUUGCAUUAGGGCAUAAUGGGGCUUCUCCUCCCUGGCCAAAUCGGGUCUCUUCCAUCCCGUCAGUAUGUGGUAGAUAUUGGGAGACGGGUAGUACAAAGCGUUCUCGAGGGGUCCAGAGGAAGCCCCGGUUGUUUUCAGACCUGCAAGUCUGAACCAAGAGCCCCUGCUGGUAGCGACAAAGUCACUGCCCAGAAUGGUGCUGCAGCUGCGCUGCCCAAGACUGGCUGUUUUUUGAGAAAUGACUCUGUGGCUACAAGCCUGCAGGAUUAAUUCCCCCAGAGUCUCGUGAGCAAUUCUCCCGCCGCCUCUGAAGCAAGGAAGUUGCUUAUUCAUCAUCUGUCCUCUCCCAAGCCCUACAGCGGAAUCUCAAGGCCCUGCAGCACUGGCAACACUCCUCCUCAUUUGCUGAGAUCACGUUUUUGGCCAGGCUCUACCCCUUUAAGCUUUUUUAAAUGAAUGAAUGAACGAAUCGGCACCUUUGAAGUUGCAGGAGGUUUCAUGCAAGGGGUGUUUGGGGGUACGUGUCCCAGCUAGGAUGAGACCUUACAAAAUGCUGUUUCAGGGGUGGUGUUGGGACUACAACUCCCAUCUGCCCCUGCCAGCAUCGCCAUGGAUGAUGGGAUGUGUAGUCUGUUCCUGACCAAAUUCCUCUCCCUUGGAAAUCAGGAUUUCCCCCCUGCCUAUUGAUGUACAAAACAAACAAGUUAGCAUGCACUUUAUAAUUAUUUGCUCCACCAAGGGUAGGCUGUGGAGAGCUGUGCUCUCCGUGAGCUGUAGAGGGUGGAAAGCCGAGUCGAUGGCGUGAAUUACUGUAAGGGCUGGGUCCUCAUCAGCUCUGGCAGUAAUAAUAGCCAGGUUUUCUUGCUGUUGAGGUUAUUUGCAGGCGCCAGCAGAAGACAAGAAAUUUGUCUCAAAGCUUGGCAUAGCAGCUGCUGUGUGUGACAGUCUUGUCCAUUUAGAGGUGGUGAAAGAAGUUUUACACUAUGAGGCUGGGUUUCGUAUAAGUAGUAUGCAGAGCUUUUGAAUUCUACUCCCCUAGCAACCGCCAAAUUCCUCAUGAAGGUCAGAGGGAUGGAACAAGGGUCAGCCAUUCCUGCAGGCGGAAGCGGAACUCUCACAUUUUGGCCUAGUCUGAAGGAUUUUCAGCCAUUUCAGAUCAAGAUAGCUACCUAAUUGUAGAAGCGUCCACAUUUAUCCCAAGUACAACACUCUUUGAAAGGAUUCGUUGGCCAAAUCCGUUCCCCUGCCUGUCCCUUGGUCUACAUUUGACAUAGUAAUACCAUGGAUAGUGUCUAAACAUGCGUAGAGUGCAUUUUCUCCUGUAUAGCUAUAACCCGGAUCUCUGUCACCUGGGAUCAAGGCUUUCCAGGCAGGGGGGCUGCGAUUGCUGGACAGCCUAGACUUCCCAAAUCUUUCUCGGAAAUUAAUCACAGAAAGAACUAAGCAGCAGUGAUUGUGCCCCUUUCCCUGUUGCUCAUCUUUUCCCAGCACCUGAAUAGUCGUGGUGGUGGUGGGGAAACAAGGGCAUCUGUCACACACAGUCGCUCAUACACUGUGUCAAACCAUUUUACUCUGCUUCUCAACCCGGAUAUUGAUUCUGUUGUGAGAAAAGGAGGUCCAGUAGCUCCUCUCCCUGGCUGUUGCUCACACAGGGCCCUCCACAGCUGCCCUUAUCUGUAAAAAUGUGAAGAAACUGACUAGUCUAAUUGUGAUGGGAGCUUUCUGGGGCAGCAGCCUGCGUCCGAGAUUACGUGUGUGCGUGCUGGAUGCCAAAGUUAAUAAAAGAACUCCCACUUUUUGAUGCAUUAAACCAGGGUUUCCGAAGCUUGGGUCUCCAGCUGUUUUUGGACUACAACUCCCAUCAUCCCUAGCUAGCAGGACCAGCAGUCAGGGAUGGUGGGAACCGCAAGUCCAAAAGCAGCUGGAGACCCAUGUUUGGGAGACACUACAUUAAAUGCUGCCUAAAGCCAUGAAGGAGGCUAACGUUCGGAUUGCUUAUCUGCAUAACAGCAUUUUAAUAGCAGGGAAGGUGGAAUUGGAGAGUGAGAUUAGCUAUGGGGUUGUAGCUAAAUAAAAUAGAUGCCUAGGCCAUGGAGCAUUUGCAAAUGCACUUUCCCCCCUCAGCUACCUCUGCACCCAACUUUAGAUUAAGGGGAAUAUGGCUGCUGGGGCAGACAGCCCCCCCCCCUUGAGCCCGGCAGUGGGAAGGUCUGCAACUCUCUGAUUUGACUAAUGGCUUGAAGUGCCAAACUGAGCUGCUGCCUUUCUGAAAGGAGCUAUCCAGUGCUGAACCAGCCGCCGGCUGAAGGUGAUGCAAGUUUUAAUACUUUGCUAGGGGCUGGCUGGGCCUAUAGUAAUAGACGCUUCAUCUGCUCAUCUCCGUUGCAAAAGUACCUUAACCCAUGAAAAGGCAUUGUUUGUGCAGCUGUUUGGGUGUUUGGACCUCACAUCCAUAGUGCACUCUGUUCCCUCUUAUAAUGCAAGCCUGUAUCGCUUGACACUUUCGAGGCACGGCGCAGAGGUUGGCCGAGCCAGAGGCCUCCAGUCCCCUUCCAGAACAUUUAUGGUGUGGUAAUGAGAGCGGGUUUAGCAUGCAGCUAAGUGAAUUUGUACGCUUACUUCCACACACCCCACCCCACAAACAAAAAGGAAGUUUAAUGAAACUGCUCUUGUGUUGGAGAAACGGUGGUGAGGCAUAGCAAUUUCUCUCAAAGCCACUCCGUCUUGGCCUCUUCCUCCAAUUCCUCUGGCUGCUUGUGUCUCUGUGCUUUGCUGCUGGCAACUUAUGUGCACUUUAUAUAUUAUGGCUUGUAAGAGUUUUGUCUUAAUAAAGUUGUUAGUGACUGCUGA